CCGCCGCCAACGGUGAGUCAACUUUAAGUGAAAACUUUAUUCUUAAAUGUAUCUGAUUAUUUGCUAUUACUGUCUCUCGUGGUCGCUCGUUGGAUAAUGAAGCGCCUCAAACAUGUCGCAGUCGUCGUCAGCGUGGACAGAGCCACCGUGGUCGGGCUGGAUAGAGACGACUGGUGAUGCGCUGCUCAUCCUCGAAGCCGCUCGUCGAGGCCUCAUACCACGGGUGACACGUCGUUUAGUCGAUGCCGAACGCAAGAUGAUCACCUCCGGCUCUGUAUUCGUGUUCGACGAGGACGAGAGUGGCAUCAAACGUUGGACUGAUGGAUUUUUUUGGAGCCCGAGUCGCAUUUUGGGCAACUUCCUGCUGUAUCGCGAGACGGACAAGCGGGGGCCUAGUCAUCGUGGACGUGGCGACGAGCAGCAGCAGCAACAGCAGCAGGAGGUGGACGAUUUUUCCACGGAUAACCCGGCCAAUAGGCGCCCUCGGACGGACGGACGUCUAAUGAGUGUUGCUAAGCAUCGUGAACGGAGUUUGGUCGGAAGUUUGACGAAUAGCUACAAGUUCAAGCCGGAUGGAUUGAUGAAAAAGACUUUUUCUUUGAAUAUCGGAGGAGUGGCGCAGCACCUGAUAUCCUAUUACAAAGUUGAAGACGUCGAAAAUGGUCGGCUACGCUCGCCUUCAUCUCUGCCGGAGCUUGCAUCGCUCGAUAUCAGCCCGGAGUAUCUCGACAAAACACAUUUUCGUAGCCCACCAAAGGUCGAGAUAGGUGCUGAUGGGAUACCGCGGUACCGCGGUGAUGCAGAUGAUAUCGAUACCUCUCCAACGCUAUCACCCACAUCAAUCACAGGACUCCCACUGCUGAGCGACGCUCAUAUCAUUGAGGGCAAUAAACGCUCGAGCAAGCGCUACGAUCCAUACGGUGCUCCCGCUGUGCCGAAGCGGCGGAAGCUGAACAAAACAGAGGAGCCGACGCCUAGCGCACCUCCAGAGCCGCCUGCAGAACCGCCGGCCCCCACAGCGCCCGUGCCAGUGGCCGCUCCUGUUCCUGUUGCUACCCCAUUUCCGGAUCCCAAUGGCGCCGUUACCGCUACUGCGGUUGUUCCACAUCUGCCCCCGUAUCCAUACAAUUUCUACCAGAUCCCACAUCCCCAUGUCUAUUACCCUGCUCCGGUGACUGGGGUGUCACCGCCGCCGCCUCCGCAAUCGCCCCCGUACCCCACACCUUACAUGCCUUACACGCCGCCAGCAAUGAUACCUACAGACCCGACUCAACCAGGGACGGCACCACAGCCUCAGUAUUAUUCGUAUUACCCCCCGCCGGGAUAUCCGCCAUAUCCAGGGAUGUGGCCGGCGUAUCCAGGGUACCCCAUGCCGCCACCGCCUCAGGUGGUCCAGCAACAGCAAUCUGAGUCUGCAGCUGAACAAGGACAAGAGCAGCAGCAGCAACAGCAACAACAAGUAGCGGUAUAGAGUUUGGCUUUGGCUUUCUAAUCUUGUUCUUCUCUCCUAUUCUAUCUUGUCGCGUUUUUUUUUCAAGUGUAUGAUUCCCCGUUUCUAACCUGUCCUGUAUCUUGUCAUCUUUUCUUUGUUUUGUCGGUGCUUACUGUAGUAUGGUAUUCAUUUGUGGGUUUAGGGGAGGUUUUGUUUAAAGGCCGGUGUACAGUAUUACGUGGAUUUCGUUCUUAACCUGGUACGGAAGUAACUUAGCUUCUAGUGUUCAUACCGUACAUUAUAAUCUGAAUAUGCCAUUUUGUAUUAUUAUUAAAAUCAAAAGCUCGUCGCGGCAUAACUUUGAG